CGGGCGGGCGCGCGCGGCCGGCGGCGAUGAUCGAGCAGCAGAAGCGAAAGGUCCCCGGCGGCGGCCCCGGCCCCGGCCCCGCGCCCGGGCCCCCUCCCGCCCCCGGCGCCGCCCCUGCUCCCGACCUCCCGCUUGUUCCUGUGGCGGCCAAGCGGCCCCGCCAUGAGCUGCCGGGAGCGCCGGGCACCGGUGGGGCACAGCCCGCCCCCGGGGCCCUGUUGCAGGCGGGCCCACCCCGCUGCUCCUCCCUGCAGGCCCCCAUCAUGCUGCUCUCAGGGCACGAAGGAGAGGUUUACUGCUGCAAGUUCCACCCCAAUGGCAACACCCUGGCCUCUGCUGGCUUUGACAGGCUCAUCUUGCUGUGGAACGUCUAUGGGGACUGCGAGAACUUCGCCACGCUGAAGGGGCACAGUGGAGCUGUCAUGGAGCUGCACUACAACACUGAUGGCAGCAUGCUCUUCUCAGCAUCCACAGACAAAACUGUGGCUGUGUGGGACAGUGAGACUGGGGAGAGAGUGAAGAGGCUGAAGGGCCACACCUCCUUUGUGAACUCCUGCUACCCAGCCAGGAGAGGACCCCAGCUGGUCUGCACAGGCAGUGAUGAUGGCACUGUGAAGCUGUGGGACAUCAGGAAGAAAGCUGCUGUCCAGACCUUUCAGAACACCUACCAGGUGCUGGCUGUGACUUUCAAUGACACCAGUGAUCAGAUCAUAUCUGGAGGCAUUGACAAUGACAUUAAGGUGUGGGACCUGCGCCAGAACAAGCUGACGUACAGCAUGCGGGGGCACGCCGACUCGGUCACCGGCCUCAGCCUCAGCUCAGAGGGCUCCUACCUGCUCUCCAACGCCAUGGACAACACAGUUCGCAUCUGGGACGUGAGGCCCUUCGCCCCCAAGGAGAGAUGUGUGAAGAUCUUCCAAGGCAAUGUGCACAACUUUGAGAAGAACCUUCUGAGGUGCUCCUGGUCCCCAGAUGGGAGUAAAAUUGCUGGAGGCUCAGCUGACAGGUUUGUCUAUGUGUGGGACACCACCUCCCGGCGGAUCCUGUACAAGCUGCCAGGCCAUGCUGGCUCAGUGAACGAGUUGGCUUUCCACCCUGAGGAGCCCAUUAUCCUGUCUGCAUCCAGCGACAAGAGGCUGUACAUGGGGGAGAUCCAGUGAAGGGGAGACCCAAGGAGGAGCUGCUGGCAUUCAUGCCCUGAUGAUCCCUGGCUCUCAGCAAGCUUCUGCCCACUGCCAGCCCCUCUCCUGCCCGGGGCAGAGGCUUGAGGCAGCAGGAUGUGCCCCUGGGGCGGCCUCGCUCUGCAGCUUUCUUCCACCCUCCCCUUGGGGGAGGAAGGAGAGGAAAGGAAUUUGGUCCUGGUUGCAGCAGCCCUGGCCCAGAUCACUUGAAAAUGGUCCUGUUCUGGUCCAAGUCCCUUGGGGGCUCCAGCAUUCCCUGCCUGCUUUCUCUUGGUGUUUUUCUACAGUCAGAAGUGAAACAGAGACC